AUGUACUCGGAACUGCGAAAGCAAGCUCAGGCUAGUGGCAUGGAUAUUGCCCCUGACAGGGGCAGGUUGUCUUCCGUUCCCUACCUCACGCGACAUCACUCAUGGGUGCCAGGCCAUUUGCCCUGGCAAGAUGCAAGGAAUAUCUUCCUUCGUGUGGAGAAAAUCUCGAAGAAGAGGUCUUUAGCCAAACCUGGCUCUGACCCUCUUAACAAAGCCGAUCUUAAAUACUUAGGACGAUAUGUGGGAAGAGGAAGUUAG